UAAGGCAUUUUCCUUAGAGAGGCAGACUUGAUAGCUCUUCUUCCACAAAGCACAGCAAACACCACGUAUUCUGGGAUUAAAGAGUGUUCGCCGCCGUUUCGACGCGAUGAAACACAACUCUAACGUCCCGGCUUUCCUCACCAAACUCUGGACGCUGGUCGAGGACGCAGAUACCAAUGAAUUUAUCUGCUGGAGUCAGGAGGGCAACAGUUUCCUGGUGCUGGACGAGCAGCGCUUCGCGAAGGAGAUUCUCCCCAAGUUCUUCAAGCACAACAACAUGGCCAGCUUCAUCAGGCAGCUCAAUAUGUAUGGAUUUCGUAAAGUGAUGCACAUCGACACGGGCAUUGUGAAGCAGGAGAGAGAUGGACCAGUAGAAUUCCAGCAUCCCUACUUCAAACAUGGUCAGGAUGACUUGUUGGAAAACAUUAAGAGGAAGGUCUCCAACGCCAGGCCAGAGGACAGUAAAAUCAGACAGGAGGACCUGACCAAGAUCCUAGCCAAUGUCCAGAACGUCCACGGCAAACAAGAGAGCAUGGACGCCAGGCUUGCAACACUGAAAAGGGAGAAUGAAGCACUAUGGAGGGAGAUCUCAGAUCUAAGACAGAAACAUUCCCACCAACAACAACUCAUUAAGAAGCUUAUACAUUUCAUUGUCACAUUGGUACAGAACAACCGCAUCCUGAAUUUAAAACGCAAAAGGCCGCUCCUUAUGAACACCAAUGGGAAGAAGCCUAAAUACAUUCAUCAGAUCUAUGAUGACAAAGUGUGUGUGGAGCAGUCAUCUGUCAACAGUCUAAAUAGUGUGAAGACUUCAGAGAUAUCGGAUGAUGUCAUCAUCUGCGAUGUAACGGAUGAGGAUGCUGAGGUGAUGGCUGAGAUUACUGAAUGUUCAUCCAGGGUCCUUGACCAAGGUGAUGUAGAGAUCGUGGAAGUGGAGCUGGACAGUUGCGCUCUCCUGCCAGCUGAGACAGAGGUCAGCACCACCUGCUCAGAUGACAUCAAACAGACUUUCCCCAGCCAUUCAACAGAAGCAGAGGAGAGCCACAGUGCUUGUUUAGACAGCACUGUACCGACCAGCAGUGCCCUGCAGCUCAACAAGCCUUCAGGUCUGAGUCAGGAAGACCCUGUGAAGAUGAUGGACUCAAUACUGAACGAGACCGGAGCCAUAUCUCAGAACAUCAACCUGCUGGGGAAGGUGGAGUUGAUGGACUAUCUGGACAGUAUUGACUGUAGUCUGGAGGACUUCCAGGCCAUGCUGUAUGGCAAACAGUUCAGCAUCGACCCCGAUGCCCUUGAGUUUUUCAGUUCAAAUUUCCUCGUGAACUUACAUGAUGGCAGUGUCUGCUCCUCUCAUGAGAGUAUGGCAUCCAAAGAAAACACAGCACAGCUAAACAGAGAAAGGACAGCAGAUGACAACACGGAUAAACAGUUGAUCCAGUACACCUCCUGCCCCCUGCUGGCCUUCCUAGAUGGUUGCACCCCAACUGCAGAGCUGGAUAUGGGCAGCGCUAGUAGCAUGGCCCACUCCAGUGCUCCGCUCCAUCCCUCCUCCACCUCCAGUGCCUCAGUCGGGGCUGAGCCCCCCUCAGAGCUGCUGGACGGUGACCUGGGGUCUACACAGCCCCCCCGCAGCUCCCUCAUUCGAUUGGAGCCGUUGACAGAGGCUGAGGCCAGCGAGGAGACACUCUUUUACCUGUGUGAACUGGGUCCUGAAGGGGCAGCGGCCGACUCCACACAGCUGGAUGGGGUCUGAGCCCAGCACCACCAAGCCGGGAACUGGUUUAACAAGCUGCAGCCUCCCAGCGAUGCUGAUUUACAAGGAAGACCACCCAAAUGCUCACAUUUCACUCGUUUAUUUGGCUCACACCACAAUCGAAAAACGCCUAAGCUCUGUGGCACAGAGCCUUCAUCUGCCUUUAUCGGAGUGUUUGAUGAAAGCUCUGUGCCAAAAUGUGGAUAUGUUAAUUAUUCUCCACCUGUUUUGCCUGAGUUGUGUGUCUGUUAAGAAGCAGUGCUCACAGUUGUAAAAGGCAACAGGCUUAUAAAAAGGCUGUCCAAUCUGUACCAUGCCGCUUGUCAGUCAGCAUCUCUUCAUUCCUGUGCUCUCAGGCAAAACAAUAGGACAUUGAAAUGCAUUUUCCAGGAUCAGCACUGUAUCUGUCGUUGACAAGACGUGCAUCAGAUUUGAUCCUGGAACAGCAUCAGCUAGGAGGCAACUUCAUUUGACUUGUGUUAAUGGACUGAAUCUUUGUAUAUACCCAUGAAAAUCUAUUUAUUAUGUUUUUUUGUUUGUUUAUAAUUUGCUACGAUACUGUCCACAAAGCUGAGACUAUUCAUAAAAACAACAUUCCUUUAGCGGUUGUUGUGUUCAGUGCUGGGCUCGGUUCCCUUUUCGUUCAUUAACUGAGGAAGUGCAUUUUGUGAAAGGAACCCAGAUCUUACAUGGGAACAUUCUUGAAAACUGGGAGAAAAGAGGUGUAAAUAAAUCCCAAUUAGUGACUGCACAAUAAAUCUAGCUCAUGUUUUUCACAUGCUCUAAGUUAAGUUAAGCUCUAAUUUGUGUCAUUAUACAAGCAUUUGUCUGGUUUAUUGUCCUAAAUUGUACCCUAAUAACAAUCAUAAUCAUAAUCGUAAUUGUCGUCAUUGUGCUCCUAAAUGUCACGUAAUGAAAUUCAUACUCUGUUUUGAGUAUUGCAUUUCCUGGAGCCGCUCUCCUUACAAAUAUCCAGACGAUGAAGCUUGGUCCUUUUUGUUAAGGACAGUAAUUCCUCUGAACAUGAGAACACAAUACUUUUUUAAAUUAUUUUAACAAUUCUUGUAAUAGAGGAAUAUGACUGGCUGGAUGGGAACUGAUUUCUGUCCUAACUGUGGAGGCCUGUGGUGCCACGUAGAGAUUCAGAAAAUCCUAAACAAGUGACCUUAGGUGAAAAUAGCACAGUAUUCCAUGGAGGAAACCAGGGGGCGCUCUGCCUGUAGACUAGACACACACUGAUCCCAUCAUUAGCUGCUAGCAUUUUUAGUCAGUGGAAGUUUUCACACGUCAUUGUACAUGUACCCAAAACACUAAUGGGCAACGGUAAAGGGGGCUUUACUGCUCUCACUUACCAGAUCUUCCUAUCAGUUUCUUUUACUUGAAGUUUCUGUGUUGAAAUAACUUGAGUAAAUUCUUAAAAAUGUACAUCCACCCACUUCACAAAAUUGUAAUGGUUUAGCUGUUGUUGGAUAGAUUGAAAAAUUGCAGUCACACUUGUCCCAGUUUUCAAGAAUCAGUGCUGUAACAAAAUACAAGGAAACUAAAGUAUGGAACACUUUUAUGAAUCACCUGAGCUGAAAGUGGGUUAACCGCAAUCCCAGUUGAUUCGUCCCUGCAUUUCACAGUUCUCACAGCCUCCAGUGCUGCAACAGUGUAGAUUAUUUCACUGGUCCAAUAUGUAUUUCCUGAUGUUGAGAUUAUGGUGUUGAGUUUCUGUUACGGUAUUUUCAUGUAAUAUAAAGGGAACUGCACUGCUGCUUCUCUCUGGGAAUCCAUUUCUUUAGUUUAAAAGGAUCACAUGAUGCUCCUUAUUGUUCACCAACAUAGAAGUGCCUGCAUCAUAUUUCCGUUUAUUCUUGUAGAAUCACACUGUUUAGGACUUCAGAUACUGUAGUAGUCUGGCGUGCAUCGUUGCAGAGUUCACCGACAUGACAUUUCUGUGACCUGCCUUUAUCCCUGUGAGCUUUCUGUCAUUGUUGCAAGCCUUGCAAUAACAAUAAAGGAAAUGCUGAAGUGUU